AUCGUUUUUUUUAAUCCAUUUUCCCUAGAGAAAAAGGUUCUCUCAACAACAAAGAAAACCUAAAAGAGAAAAAGGAGAUCGGGAAAAUGUCUGUGACAUCUACGGUGGAGGAGAACCACCGGAAAGAUCCUUCACCGCCGGAGAAAGCGGCGGAGAAGAGGAAACGUAAAUGGGUGUUUUGGGAGAGAAAGUGGAGGAGAUUAGAUUAUUUCAAACUUACAGCUUCAUUGUUUGUGCAUUCUAUGGCUCUUUUGGCUCCGUUUUAUUUCAGCUGGUCGGCUCUUUGGGUUACCUUUUUGUUUUAUACGAUUGGUGGUCUCGGUAUUACCGUCUCGUAUCACCGGAACUUGGCUCAUCGGAGUUUCAAAGUCCCUAAAUGGCUCGAGUAUCUCUUAGCCUAUUGUGCCCUUCUCGCUAUCCAGGGAGAUCCGAUUGAUUGGGUGAGUACUCAUCGGUAUCAUCAUCAGUUUACUGAUUCAGAACGAGAUCCACACAGCCCUAAGGAAGGUUUUUGGUUUAGUCAUCUUCUGUGGAUUUAUGAUUCUGCAUAUCUUGUUACAAAGUGUGGAAGAAGAACAAACGUUGAGGAUUUGAAGAGGCAAUGGUUCUAUAGGUUUCUUCAAAAAACGGUGCUGUUUCACAUUCUAGGACUUGGUAUCAUUCUCUUCUAUCUUGGUGGCAUGUCCUUCGUUACUUGGGGAAUGGGGGUAGGAGCAGCACUGGAGGUGCACGUUACUUGUCUCAUAAACUCGCUUUGCCAUAUCUGGGGUACUCGAACUUGGAAGACCAAUGAUACUUCUCGUAAUGUUUGGUGGUUAUCGGUGUUUUCAUUUGGAGAGAGUUGGCACAACAAUCACCACGCGUUCGAGUCGUCGGCGAGACAGGGGCUUGAGUGGUGGCAAAUCGACAUUUCUUGGUACAUUGUCAGGUUUCUUGAGAUUAUCGGUUUAGCAUAUGACGUGAAACUGCCAACGGAAUCACAACGUCGUCGUAUGGCUAUUGCUCAUUGAACUGCGUGAAGAUCGCACAAACCCCUAGUCUAUGUAACUAGAAUAACUUAUAUCCUAAAAGAGUACUUUAUUUUUUCUUUCAUUUGAAGUUUCGGUUAACGCAGUGAACGUUUCCGAUGUGUUGGAUAAAGUUAUUCAAGAUAUAAAAUCGUUAGUGGGGGAAUUCAUACGUUA